UUAAAAUAUUAACAGGGGCUGCUCAGUGCUCACUUUUAAAAACUGCAACUGCAAAUUUCUCUGUACCUUUGCCAAAUUGCGUUUUCAAUUUCUUGAAUUCAGGUUCUUUUCUCUUCUCUCAAUCUUGUUCGGCAAGAAUCAGGUAGAGCUGUCAGUUGCCACCACAGAAUUGUGUUUUGUGGCUGUACUGGUGGCCUAACAUCUGGACCUGAAAUACAUUCCAGAGCUGAAAAUUGGUUUUUCAAUUCUUCUGUUGUAGACAGACUUUGUCAGUGGGAGGUAAAGUGAUAGGUUCAAAUGGAGCAGUAUGAAAUUCUAGAACAGAUUGGCAAAGGUGCAUUUGGUUCUGCCCUUCUUGUGAGGCACAAGCACGAAAAGAAAAAGUAUGUCCUUAAAAAGAUCCGCCUUGCUCGUCAAACUGACAGAACCCGUAGAUCUGCCCACCAGGAGAUGGAGCUUAUAUCUAAAGUUCGAAAUCCAUUUAUUGUGGAAUAUAAAGAUUCCUGGGUAGAAAAGGGUUGUUUUGUAUGUAUCAUCAUUGGCUAUUGUGAAGCAGGGGAUAUGGCCGAAGCUAUAAAAAAGGCUAAUGGUGUUAACUUUCCUGAAGAGAAACUUUCUAAGUGGCUUGUUCAAUUGCUGAUGGCACUUGAUUACUUGCAUGGAAACCAUAUUCUUCAUCGCGACGUCAAGUGUUCAAAUAUAUUCUUGACAAAAGAUCAAGAUAUACGUCUAGGUGACUUUGGUCUUGCUAAAAUGUUGACAUCUGAUGAUCUUGCUUCUUCGGUUGUUGGGACUCCAAGUUAUAUGUGCCCUGAGCUUCUUGCUGAUAUACCCUAUGGCUCGAAGUCUGAUAUUUGGUCUUUGGGAUGUUGUAUCUAUGAAAUGGCUGCUCACAAGCCAGCUUUCAAAGCUUUUGACAUACAGUCAUUGAUUAUCAAAAUAAACAAGUGUAUAGUAGCUCCCCUACCAACUAUGUAUUCUGCUGCUUUUCGAGGGCUUGUCAAAAGUAUGCUGCGGAAAAAUCCAGAGUUGAGGCCAACUGCUGCAGAAUUACUAAAUCAUCCGCAUCUUCAGCCUUACAUUCAUAAAAUUCACCUAAAAUUAAAUAGCCCCAUAAGAAGUACUUUUCCAUUCCAAUGGCCAGAGUCAAAUUACAUAAGGAGAACUCAGUUUGUAGAGCCAGAGUCUGUUUCUACUCUUUCUGAUCUAGAUAAAUGCUUGUCAUUCAACAAUGACAGGACCUUGAAUCCUAGUAUUUCUGGAACUGAACAAAUUUCUCAGUGUUCUACUGAAAGAGCUGAUGGAUUAUCCACUUGUUCAGAAGAGAAGAUCUAUGAACUAUCUGUAGGUUGUGUUCGUGGCAAAUACAAAACUGACAAAUCAAAAGCCACAAAGUUCUCAACCGUUGAGAGAACACCAAGAUCUAGAGGAGUUACAGUUUCUGCCACUACCAAAAGGCAAACAAUGGCAACAUCAAAGACAACCCAUUCUGGUCCAAGUGAUUCACUUCCAGCAUCUCAUGCACCAUCUGGAAAAUUUUCCACACCACCAAGAGCCAGGGCAAGGGCAACACCAAACUUGUACACUAAUGUUCUUGGAAGUGUAGACUCUCUUGACGUUUCCAUUAAUGCACCGCGAAUUGACAAGAUUGCCGAAUUCCCAAUGACUUUCUGCGAGGAUCCUUUUUCACCUAUCCGUGGACCAUCAUCAACAUCUGCACGUUGCUCUUCUAGCUCAGCAGGAAGUACUGCUGAUUGCUCCAUCACAAAGGACAAGUGUACAAUCCAGGAGGACAAAGUUAUUCUCCCCACAAGUAUCACUAAUGCUUGCCCGGGUCCAAAGGGCACUGAAUGCUCUCCUGAGCACGUAAAAGCUUGUGUUUCAAGCCAUUCCUCUGCUGACUUAGAUCAGCACUGGUUUGACACCUCGUCGUACCAGCAACGAGCAGAGGCACUGGAGGGGUUGCUGGAGUUCAGUGCCAGGCUCCUACAACAAGAAAGGUUUGAUGAGCUUGGGGUGUUGCUGAAGCCAUUCGGGCCUGAGAAGGUUUCUCCAAGGGAAACAGCUAUUUGGUUGACUAAGAGCUUUAAACAAACUGCGGUCUAAGGUUUUCUUUUCAUGCACGUAUAUGAUCAUUUGCUAACGGAUAGUGUACAUAACGUUGUACAUUUGACGAUAGAAUAAUGACGAGUGGCUUUUAUUAUUGGUGUUAGCAUUUUCCAUUAAAUGAACACUGCUGGGCAACAAAAUGAAACAUGGGAACUACUUACAAAUAAUGUUAUUUAAACUACCCAUGUGGGUAGUUUUUUUCUUUA